ACUCCUCUUCCACUUUCUCAUUCUUCCCUAUCAUAUUACUCUAACUUUCUAUUUAGCCACUAAGAUAUUUUAUUUAUAUAUCAUAUUUCCUCCAUACUCCAUACCAUUUCUCUUCCAUCAAACCACUUCUUCCACACACACAUGUUCUCUCUUUAAUCACCAAUUAGAUAAAUAAUUGCAUCUUGAUUAAAUGUCCAACAUCUUGUUGUUAAUGUUUGAAAUUCAUGUAUCCGAUUCUCAGUGAAAUCUUUUUUUCUGGGUGUAUGAUCAAUUCCACUGUUAGGCGCAGGACCCAUUUAGUUCAAUCUUUCUCUGUCACUUUCCUCUACUGGCUUUACUACGUUUCAUGAUUCUCAAUCUCUCUUAGUUUAUACCUAUAUCAUCUAUAUCUAUAUCAUAAAAUAAAAUAUUUUAUAUUUUCUGCAGUAUUAUUUUUCAUUUUCUAGUGUCUGAGUCGGGUCCUGCUAGUGUUGUUGUGUUGUGUCUUUUUUAUUUAUAUCUCAUCAUGGCUUCAUCAAGUGGAACAUCAUCAGGUUCAGGUUCGGGUUCGGGUUCGGGUUCGGGUUCAUCUCUGCUACAAAACUCGGGUUCGGAGGAAGAUUUACAGGCGUUGAUGGAUCAGAGGAAGAGGAAGAGGAUGAUAUCGAACCGCGAAUCGGCGAGACGGUCUCGGAUGAGGAAACAGAAGCACUUGGACGAUCUUGUUUCUCAAGUGACGAAACUGAGGAAAGAGAAUCAAGAAAUACUCACAAGUGUUAAUAUCACCACUCAACAGUAUUUGCGUGUUGAGGCUGAGAAUUCGGUUUUGAGAGCUCAGAUUGGUGAAUUGAGCAACAGGUUGGAAUCCUUGAAUGAGAUUGUUGGUGCUAUGAAUUCAAGCAAUGGAGGUUUUGAGCCAGACAGUAACUUCUUCUUCUUCAAUCCUCUCAGUAAUAAUAUGUCUUAUAUGAAUCAGCCUAUUAUGGCUUCUGACAUAUUACAAUACUGAGACUCAUUCGGAUUCGGAUUUGGAUUCUCUCCUGUUAAAAAAACGGGCACUUAAAUUUAAUAGACAAUCUCGACCGUCAGAUUAGAUGAAAAUUGAUUUUAAAAAAUUUUUGAUAUUAAUUUUGAUCGGACGGUCGAGAUUGAAAACUGUGGGAGAAUUGUUGGUUUGUUUUGUAUUGAGUUUGUUGAUGAGAUAUUGUAAGCACUACUAGUGUACUUAUGGUGAUAAGGAAUAAGUGAAUGUGUGUAUCAUAAAGUGCAAAGGGUUAUGAUUAGGUGUUGGUUAUAUGAAUGGGGUCUAAUUGAUUAUUGUUGUUA